AUCCAAUCAUAAACUGUUAACAUCCCUAACCACCCCCUGUAAGUAUAUGCAAAUUGUUUGAAUGCUAGUUCAUUCACCUCAUUCACCUCAAUUUUUAAAAACACGUAGCAUCUAUGAAAAUGACGUCGCAAAUAUCACAGGAAGGUUUCUUAGAUUUCUUCGAAAAUAACUCGACAUGGUCGUUACUAAAGUUUCUCCACUAUAGAAUGGGAACCAAAAGCUUUACGUAUGAAAAAGAUAAGGAACAUAUGUUGUACAGAAGCACGUUGAUAAGCCUUUCCAACGAGCGAGCUCGAACAUGUCUUCUCGCUUUUGAAAAGGAGAAAACUUCUCAAAGUGUUGAGAGUUUCUGGAACGGGAUCGAGAAAAACCGUUUAAAUGACAAUAUCGAAAAAAGAUCGUUAGAAUACAUCAAUGAAACCAUAGAUGAUUCGGUCAAAGAUUCCAAAACUGCAAGAAACUAUUUAUCCAACGAGCUAGAAUCAUUUGUAACAAACUCCAAGAAGCGAGAUUGUUCACCUAUGGAAAAUUCUCGAGAUUCUAAUAUUCACACACCAGUUCAUAACAACAAGAAGACCAGAACAGAAACCUCACUCGAUAAAUACAUUAAUGCCAUUAAUGCCGUCAAUUCUAUUCAAAACAACACAGAGUCUGCCCACACAGACCCACUCUGGUGGGGUGUUCUAGACUUCCGUGAGGAGAACGUGUCUCCGAGUCCAAGUCUUCCCCGUGCAAAAAAUUUCCUACCAGAUGAUGAAAUCGAUCGUUUGAUGAAUAUGAUGAAAAGUACUAUUCGAGAAGAGAGUGAAAAAUUAAGUAAAUCCGCUAAAUCGCUUAUAGAGGCAUUGUUAUUAUCGGAAAUCGUCAGUCUCCAACUUCUCGCAAAGGAAUGUGGUGCACGCGGAAUAGCUGGUGUAUGUGAUCUUCUGCAAAGAUCUUCUGAUAAAAUACAGGAUGUUGUCGAUGUCGAUAAAAAUAUAAUUCAAGAUUGUCUUGCGAAUAUAGAUUUUGAUGAUGAGACUGCAAUAUAUGUCGGGAGAUGCAUUCAGAACACUUAUGAAUGGAUCCAAUGUUUUCACGGACAAUGUAAUUCUGAACGAACCGUCGACAUGUACCUUGUCGGACCCUGUGCAAAAACUCCGAAAACCAUAUUCAUAUAUGGCGAAAACCAUUCGGAUGCCGACCGUGAGGAUAAAACAGAUCGUUCCGGGACUAGUCGUGUUGGCAAGCCAUGCGAUUUUCUAUAUUGGAGCUCAUCUCGAGAAGCUGGAAUUGGUGAAAACAGCGGGCCAACCCACAAGGAUAAUCAUGACAAGGCGAGAACAAACUUCGUAGAUGUAAUUAAAGUCGCCAGGGCUCAACGCAUCGAACUUGAGUAUCAAAUUAUUGAGCAGAGUGGAAGAAGUCCUCUACCGGAGAGCCUGCAAAAAGCGAUGACAUCGAUAUUGAUACCGUUCUUUCACAUAGUCGGAAUGAGAAUUCGGUUCUAUCUUCUUAUUCAAAUCAGUGGAGACCAAUAUGGUGUUUGGGACUGGGCCUCGGAGUACCUACCGACGAAAGAUACAGACGUGGGAGAAGUCGCUCUAUUAUGUAAAAGAUUUUUAGUUUACGGGAAUCUUGUAGAACGUGUGGGACGAGCGUCAAGCAUUCUUGCUAAGAGAGCUAAAAUUUUCAAAGAAGAAAUAAGCAGGAGCGAUGAGACUUCCCAGCCAACAGUAGGGCUAGAUAAAUUUCGAACUCCUGUAAAAAAGCCGGCAAAAUAAGACUGCUACAUAUAUUAUGAGUACAAUCCUUUGGUUCUUGCGGUAUAUUUGCAUAAGUGAUCAACUUAGUAAUUAAUUAGUAAUUAAUUAAAUCAUAUGUAGUUAUUUGUAAAAAUUAAUAAAGAUAAUUGUGUACAUCAAAAUAAUAA